AUGAAGGUGGCUGUGCUCAGCGUGGCCCUGCUCUUCUGCAUCCUGCUGUGCCCCCCGGCACAGGCCAAGGCACUCCUGGAAGGAACCCAAGAUGAUCUCCGGGAGUUGGAUUUAGACAACGUCGUGAACCUGGAAACGCCUCUGGACGAGAACGGCCACACCCUGUCGGACGAGGACAUCGCGGCUGAGGCUGACACCUUCAUGUUUGCGGGUCAUGACACCACGGCCAGUGGCCUGGCAUGGCUCUUCUACAACCUGGCUGGCCACCCUGAGCACCAGGAGCGAUGCCGCCAGGAGGUCCAGGAGCUCCUGGCUGGCCGGGACACUGCGGACAUUGAAUGGGAGGACCUGUCCCAGCUGCCCUUCACCACCAUGUGCAUCAAGAACAGCCUGCGGCUGCACCCUCCUGUCACUGCUGUGUCCCAGUGCUGCACUGAGGACAUCCCCCUGCGUGAUGGCCGUGUCACCCCAAGGGUAUGGCAUGGCCAAGGGGUCAUCUGCCCGAUGAGCGUCUACGGGACCCACCACAACCCAGACCUCUGGCCUGAGCCUGAGGUGUUCAACCCCCUGAGGUUCAGCCCAGAGAACACCAAGGGACAGUGCCUGUUGUCCAUCAUCCCCUUCUCUGCUGGCCCCAGGAACUGCAUCGGGCAGAGCUUUGCCAUGGCUGAGAUGAAGGUGGCAGUGGCACUGACACUGUCCCGGUUUGUGCUGUGGAGGGACACGGCGAGGCCACCCCCGCGCCGCAAGCCCGAGCUGAUCCUGCGUGCUGAGGACGGGCUCUGGCUGCUGCUGGAACCACUGUCAAUCACCAUUUGGCUGUGA